AAAGCCCUCCUUUGUUGUCAUUAUUAAGCAAAAGCUCAUUGGUUUUUUUGUUCGGCUUUUUUGUUAACUCACUUUUUACAUGACUGACAGCCUCUUUUAAAUUCCAUCCAUGUCUAUCCUCCCAUUUGCCCAGUGAGAUGCAUUUUAGUACUUUGUUACAUUCAUGGUUAGGCUGUAUUUUUGGUGUGAUACCACGUGCCGUGCCUUUGCCGGGCGAGCGCCCAUUCGCGCACAUCCGGCCUUGUUCUCUCGGUUGUCUCAGAGACCCGAGAUUAAUUUAAUAAAAAAAAUGACGUCCGUGUCCACUCUUUGUCCAUCUGAGCCGUCUGUGUCAAUAAAGUUUGAGGCCAUUGAACAAAAGCUGAUUAUCUGGUCAGAUUACAAGCGUGCAGAUACUUUUGCGCUUAAUCUGCUCAGGAUGUCCCAACACGCCGGCAACACGCUCGUCACAUUUGCAGGUAAAAGCAUCAACUGUUUCUUCGUGCACGUAAUCGUGAGUAGCCUCGUGCACGCGUUCCUCGGUCCUGAAUGGUCGAGCCCGAGCUGACCCCGGGCCGACCCCAGGCUGAGCCCGAGCCGAGCCUGAGCGGACUCGCCGAGGCCGAGAAAUGACAUAGUUUGUUUCUUGUGCGCAAGCGCCGCUGCUGCUGCUGCUGUGGAUGUCGGUGGCACCGCUUUGGGCCUUCGUGGAUGAGCUGGAUGACUCCUUGUUGCAGACCAGGCAAAUCGAAGACAUUUGGCUGAUUAAAUUUUACGCUCCUUGGUGCCGGAUCUGCAAGCAACUGGACCCGACCUGGCACCUGAUCGGCUCCGAGCUCAAGAGCGUCGGAUCGCCCGUCAACGUGGGCAAAUGUGACGCCGUCGCCAACACGGGCUUGGCCAAAGAGUUCAAUGUUCGCACCUACCCCGCCAUCUUCAUGUGGAAGAACGAUGAGAAGUAUCUUUACUCGGGUCCCCGCACCGCAGACGCCAUUGUUGAGUUUGCUCACAGAGUUAGUGGUCCGCUGAUCCGACCUUUGACCAGUGUGCAGCUUUUCCAACAUGCCUUAAAUCGCCACGAUGUCAUGUUUGUGUACAUCGGUGCAUCAUCGCAACUCAAAGGGGAGUACUUGUCCGUGGCUCGGGAGAUGAUUGUGUCGACCUUUUUCUUCUCCGCCGGCAGAGACGUCGUGCCCAAGGCCGUGUCGCUUCCCGCUCUUCCGGCCGUGGUGGUCUUCAAAGAUGGCGAUUGCUUUGGUUACAAUGAGGCCAGCGACGGCUCACUCAAGGCCUGGAUCAAGAGGGAGAGAUUCAGAAAUUACGGCAAAGUGGACGACCACACACUCUAUGCCAUGGGAGACUCGGGAAAGCUGAUCCUGUUGGCGCUGUUGGAUGAGGUCAACGCGAGCCAACAAAACUUCAGGUUCAGGUACAAAAGCCUGGUGUGGAAAAUUUCGCAAGACUACAAAGAAGUCUACAGCAGAAACAUUCAUUUUGGCUUCAUGGAGGGCAGUGAAUACGUCAGUGGGCUCAUCAUGGGCGAGCUGCGCCUUCCGGCCAUCGUCAUGUUGAAUUUGUCGACAGACAGCUACUUCAUGCCACCCGCUUCACUGGAGACGGAGCGCCACCUCCUGGACUUUGUAGAUAAGGUUCUGGACGGCAGCAUUCAGGCUCACGGAGGAAACGGGCUCCCACAGCGAGUCAGACGCUUCAUUUACGACACCAAAGUCACGUUCUUGCUGCUGUUGAGCGAGGCUCCGGUGCUGGGCUGCAUCCUGGUGGCCAUCCCGUUUGGCCUUUUGCUUUUCGUGUGCUUUGUGUGCCUGAAGGCCUGGUCCGACUACGGAGGCCAGGACGACGACGACGACGACAACCGGCCCGUGUUCUCUCGGAGACCAACAGCCAACAAGAAAUCAGACUAGAUGAUUCUGAUCGGCAGAACGCCAAAAGGCCGCACGCUUCAAAAGUCACUGAAGCCGAUUUAAAACGAAAUCCAACCACUGGCCUCCUGAUGACUUUUAGGAGACUUUUCCAUAUGAGUGUGAAAGAGAUUCUGGCAUUAGUGUGCCGUUAGCAACGUGUACCUCUUUGCUUCCAAGAUUUUGAAUGUCUUGAAUGCAACAAACGCAGAGAAAAACUGUAACUCCUAACUGUAACGUCAGGUUUCUUAAGCGCCACAAUCAAUUAUUUCAAAAUAAAAUAGAUUUCCCUUUCUGCUA